GCCACACCCUUCUUUCUCCUCAGAUCUCAUUCUCUUGAAGAAGGAAAAAAAAAAUACUGCCCCGUCCCUCCCCGGCCGCCCUCCUCGCGCUGCAGCCGCCACCGCGCCAGUCGCCGGAACUCCUCUUCUUCUUCCCCUGACCGGCGCCAUCCACCGAUUUCAGUCCCCCGCAUUGCGGGUAGGGUGUGUCGGAGUGACCGGCCGAUCCGCUGCCUAGAAGCUUCGGCUUAGCGGCUCGCGAGCGUCGGACCGCGCCCGGCGACCUGCGUGCUCGGCCCGGUCUUCCUGCUACGCCGCCGCACCAGGCACGCUUCCAGGCAAGCGUGGUUACAGGCUGCGCUUCGAGGGACGAAUCGGGUGGUAGGCAGCAAGAUCCGGUGAAGAGCAGCCCCUGAUCGGUUGCUCUCCGCCGCCACUUCCGGCGAUUCCGACUGUUCCCGCGGCGAUGAGCGGUGGCGGAGGAAGCCCCAACAACUCGGAAUGGCGCUUCAACCAGACACUCCGCAACGUGCAAGGAAUGCUAAAAGGACGGAGCUUUCCUGGAAAGGUUUUGCUAACCCGAAGAUCUGAGCCUCUUUCACCUCCUGAAUACUCCCCACGCUCUGAGAAUGAUCGAUAUGAAGAUGAACAAAAUGAAGGCUCACAGGAAGUAGAACGACAAGCAUCUGGAAAUACAACUGACAACAUUAGUGCAAAGAAAUCAAUUUCACCAUCAACAAGUAGUGUUAAUUCGUUACCAGAUGCCCAAGGAUUAGUUUCUGGGGCUAGAGCAACAGAUUCUGCAAGGAUUACCAAAUUCACAAGCGAACUCUCUAGGCCAGCUGUUAUAUUAGAUAAAUUGCGUGAGUUAUCUUGGAGUGGUGUGCCACCUUAUAUGCGACCUAACAUAUGGAGGCUUCUUUUGGGAUAUGCACCACCCAAUGCAGAUAGAAGAGAAGGUGUUCUAAGAAGGAAAAGACUUGAGUAUGUCGAAUGUGUUUCUCAAUACUAUGAUAUUCCUGAUACUGAACGCUCGGAUGAAGAGAUCAACAUGCUUCGCCAGAUUGCUGUUGAUUGCCCAAGAACUGUGCCCGAUGUUACAUUUUUCCAGGACCCUCAGAUUCAGAAAUCUUUGGAGCGCGUUUUAUAUACAUGGGCCAUCCGGCACCCAGCAAGUGGUUAUGUCCAAGGAAUAAAUGACCUUCUUACACCGUUCUUGAUUGUGUUCCUAUCGGAGCACUUAGAAGGCAAUCUGGACACUUGGUCCAUGGAAAACCUUUCUUUGCAGGACAUUUCUAACAUAGAAGCGGACUGCUAUUGGUGUCUCUCAAAGUUUCUUGAUGGCAUGCAAGACCAUUACACCUUUGCACAACCAGGGAUACAACGCCUUGUAUUCAGGUUGAAAGAGUUGGUUCAUCGAAUAGACGAACCUUUGUCGAAGCACAUAGAGGAACAAGGAUUGGAGUUCCUUCAGUUUGCCUUCCGUUGGUUCAAUUGUCUUCUGAUACGCGAGGUUCCUUUUCAUCUUGUCACACGUUUGUGGGAUACAUAUCUUGCUGAGGGAGAUUAUCUACCAGAUUUUCUUGUGUACAUAUCAGCUAGUUUUUUGUUAACGUGGUCAGAUAAGUUGCAGAAACUGGAUUUUCAAGAGAUGGUCAUGUUUCUUCAGCACCUUCCAACCAGGAACUGGGCGCAUGACGAGCUUGAGAUGGUCCUCUCAAGGGCAUACAUGUGGCAUACAAUGUUCAAAAGCUCGCCCAGUCAUCUUGCCAGCUAGGUUGCUGUGGGCCGUGAUCGGUCAUGACCAGAAGCAGCUUUUGCUGUACUGUAGACUCACAAAAUCCCUUCGGGGAGGAACUAUGGGGCCAAGAGUGUCAUCUUUAUUUGAGUGCUGUACUAAUACUGCUCCAAUUUGUACAUCUUAAUGUAAAACUAUUGCAUCAGUGAUAAAUGAAUGCUACAGAUGGUAUUGAAUAUUUAUGACCUCAUUAUGUCAUUUACAAUCUUGGUCGUAAUUUGUACAAUA